UUGAAAAAACCCAUGAAAUUUUGAAUCUUUUCAUUAAGCAACUGCGUUAUUGUCGAUAUGAAGCUUUAAUAAUCAUCUCCUUAAUGUCAUUGCCCAUGUCCUUUUCCGAUAAUUAUUACUAUUUUCCCCAAAUCAUAGUCUAUAAUUUCCUAAUCUAUCGGACAAGGAAAUUUCAGCGAUUAAGAAGAUGGUUGUUGUUUCCCUUUGCUAUCACUUAGCAUUGGGAUCUUCCAUGGCGACAAAACCCUUUAUCACCAUGGCCGAACAGCCCACUGCGCCCGAUCUCUAUGUCGAUCGGUCAACUUUUCAUCGUGGGUCGUCUUCUUUCUCUUCCUCUUCUGGCCGUCGCGAUCUUGUUUUUGUUGUUAAUCCCCGCGGUGCAAAUGGUAAGACCGCGAAGGAAUGGAAGAAGCUCGUUCCUUAUCUACGCACUCGGCUUGGUGAACAUUAUAAUAUAUGUGAAUCUCUGACGUCAGGUCCUUGCCAUGCCAUUGAUAUAACGAGGGAGGCAAUUCGGGAAGGUGCUGAUGCUGUGAUUGCUGUAGGAGGAGAUGGAACUUUUCAUGAGGUGGUUAAUGGCUUCUUUUGGGCUGGAAAGCCUAUUGUUAAUAAUGAUGGAGAAGCUCGUAAAUCAACAGCACUUGGUAUUAUUCCAUUGGGGACAGGUUCAGAUUUUGCAAGAACAUUUGGUUGGAAUAACAAUCCUUUUGAAGCUGUGGACCGUAUAGCCAAAGGGUUGAGGACCCGAAUUGAUGUUGGAGUUGUCAAUGAAGAUAAUGGGGAGAAUCAUUACUUUGCAAAUGUUGCAGACAUUCAUUUGAGUGCAAAGGCUGGUUUUUAUGCUGCUAGAUACAAGAAAUUUGGAAACUUAUGCUAUGUGAUUGGUGCUUUGCAAGGCUUUAUGGGACACCAAAAUAGAGAUUUUAAGAUUAAGAUCCUAUCAGCCUCAAGGUGGUUUCAAAAUGUAGACCAUUUUGGAGAGGGGGUGACUGCAUUUUUACCAGCUUUGUUUAAUUUCAUCUAUGUAGAAUGCCAUAACUUACAGGUUGAUGACGGUGAAUGGGAGCUGUAUCCACAAGUAACUGCUCUAUGCAUUGGAAAUGCUAAAUACUUUGGUGGUGGUAUGAAAAUUGUGCCAAAUGCUGAUCCUUCCAAUGGGAGUCUAGAGGUAGUAAUACUUCAGGAUUUCAAGUGGUACGACUUUAUUCUGAAUUUACAUAAAAUAUACAAUGGGACACAUUUGACGGUGAAAAACGUAACAUCAAAAAGCUCCACCUCAUUAAAAUUCAUUGUUUGGCAAUGGUGUUCUUUUCUCAAUCAAAGCUUCCUAUUACUGCCUCUGGGUUUGUUUGUCUGCAAUGCAACUAUCAUCAGUCUAUCGUUUUGUUGUUCAAGCAGCAUUCGUUCGAUUGAAGUGGAAGAAGUUUCUUGCAGCGGCAGCAUAUAUGUUCAAUCUGAUGGGGAACACUUGGGGUUUCUUCCAAGGAAAUUCCAUAUUCUACCAGCUGCCAUUGAAAUGAUAUGCUGAAUAUGAGCUUCCUUUUGCAGAGAGAGAAAACAAUAAGCAAAAGCUUCAUAGCCGUAGCAUCCUUUAUUUUCUCAAGUGGACUCCUUUUUCAAAUUAGUGUAGACAAAGUAAGUUGUAAUUUUGCUUUUGUUCAAUUAGCUACAGUUCCAUUUUGUAUCGAAGCCUUUUUUUCUUGUUGCUGUUGUAAAUGUAACUGGCAUUUUGGCUGAGUUUAAUCAUUUUCACCUAUUCUUUUAAAUAUAAUUUAAUGUCAAAUAGUUUUUUUGAGA